GCCAGGUUCGCCCUCGCCCCUCUCCGCAGGAAGCCCUUCCGCGCUCGGAGCUGCGCGCUCGCCCCGGCGCCGGGGCUGCCCAGAGGCGCCUCCCGCGGGCGCCGCACAGCCUCCUGCGGCGGAGCCGGGGGCCGGGCGCUGGCGGCCGCUGUCGCGGAGGGCGAAGCUCAGCCCGCGCCUGGCGGUGGCGGCCGUGCCCGCUGCGGCCCUUCCAGAAGCUUUGAACUUCCGGGGUGACGCCCCGCUAUGCGGUGGAGUCGGUGGCCCUGGGCGGACACCGUUCCCCGGGCUGGGGCCCGGCCCUUUAAACUUUGUUUUUUAAACUCCGGGGGUGUGGUCGCGGCUCCUCCUCCGUCUGCGGCGGGUCGGGUGGUUCCCUGGCCGCCCGGCCCCGCCCGCCCUCCGCCCCGCCUUCCAGAUGCUUUGGAGUCAUGAGCCGGGCGGGCUCGGGGGCCCGGCUGGUGGCCGAGGUGAUCAAAGAUCGCCUUUGUUUUGCCAUUCUCUGCAGCAGACCAAAGAGUUCAUCAAAUGUACAUUAUUUCACCAUAGAUAAUGAACUUGAAUAUGAGAACUUCUACGCAGAUUUUGGACCACUCAAUCUGGCAAUGCUUUACAGAUAUUGUUGCAAGAUAAAUAAGAAAUUAAAGUCCAUUACAAUGAUAAGGAAGAAAAUUGUUCACUUUACUGGCCCUGAUCAGAGAAAACAAGCAAAUGCUGCUUUCCUUAUCGGAUGCUACAUGGUUAUAUAUCUGGGGAGAACUCCAGAAGAAGCAUAUUCAAUAUUAAUGCUCGGCGAUAUAACCUACAUUCCUUUCAGAGACGCUGCCUAUGGGAGCUGCAAUUUCUUCAUUACCCUUCUGGACUGUUUCCACGCGGUGAAGAAGGCAAUGCAGUAUGGCUUCUUUAAUUUCAACUCAUUCAGACUUGAUGAAUAUGAACACUAUGAAAAAGCAGAAAAUGGAGAUUUAAAUUGGAUAAUACCAGGCAGAUUCAUUGCCUUCUGUGGACCUUAUUCAAAAACCAGACUUGAAAAUGGUUACUACCAACAUUCUCCUGAGGCUUACAUUCCCUAUUUUAAGAAUCACAACGUUACUACCAUUAUCCGUCUGAAUAAAAGGAUGUAUAAUGCCAAACAAUUUACGAAUGCUGGUUUCGAUCACUAUGAUCUUUUCUUUGCGGAUGGCAGCACCCCUACUGAUGCGAUCGUCAAAGAAUUUCUGGAUAUAUGUGAAAGUGCCGAGGGCGCCAUUGCAGUGCAUUGUAAAGCUGGCCUUGGACGCACGGGCACCCUGAUAGCCUGCUACAUCAUGAAGCAUUACAGGAUGACCGCGGCCGAGGCCAUCGCCUGGAUCAGGAUCUGCAGGCCUGGCUCCGUGAUCGGGCCUCAGCAGCAGUUCUUGGUGACGAAACAGUCAAGCCUCUGGUUGGAAGGAGACUAUUUCCGUCAAAAGUUAAGGGGUCAGGAGAACGGCAAACACAGAGCAGCCGUCUCAAAGCUCCUCUUGGCCGUGGACGACAUUUCACUCCAUGGGGCCAAGCAUCACGACAAGCAGGAACCUGAGCUGUACAGCGAUGACGACGAAAGCUACGGCGUGACGCAAGGGGAUCGACUCCGGGCCCUGAAAAGCAGAAGACGGUCCAAAGCGAGCGCGGUGCCCCUCACAGUAAUUCUUCAGUCCAGUGUUCAGAGCUGUAACACACCUGAACCUGGCAUUUCUGGCAGUGCAGGCAUUGCUAAGAGAACCACCAGAUCUGCUUCAAGGAAAAGCAGUUUUAAAAGCCUGGUUCCUCAGAGGGAAAGAAGGAAAAGGAGUGCUUUGCAGCAAAUGCCCCUAAUGGCAUUAUGUCCCCCCAUUUCGAGGACUAAGACAGUGUUGCGUUAAGUAGAAACCUGUGACCAGAACUGAAGGAAGACUGGGAACAGAACCACAUCAGGACUUAGCACAAUUUAUUUGGAAACUAAACAAAAUUGCAAAAGCCUUAGCUGCUUUCCACCUAAGAAGCUUGUUCAGUGAAGAAACUGCCCCCUGGAGUUUAAAUCGCCGCACGGGCGUGGGAACAAGUGGGACUGGAAGAGGUCGGCUGGCCGUUGGUAGACGCGCCACGUGGAGCAGCUGCUGCACACGUCGUCUCAGGUGUAAGCCCAGGGCCGCGCGGCGGGAGCUGGCGCUCUGGUGCGUGUCCCUGCGGCGGCAGCGCUCGCUGCUGGCCUUGGAGGACAGGUCUGAGGAGGCCUUUCACCUAUUUAUUUUCUGUCCGCCCUGCGCCCGAAUGGACAGAGAUGGAGCAGGCCUUGCCGAAACGGCCCUCAGUGAUGGAUUGUUUGGGGUCGUCCUCUUCACCGUGAUGCUUGUGACACGGUGUCACGUUGCCGGGUGAGCCCGAGCUGCUCGCGUUCCACCGAAGAGUGCUUUAUCCCGGAGGCCGCGUGAGCUCUGCGUGCGGACACGUGGGCGCCGUGACCUCACACCUGCCGGCGCCUGGGCGGGAGCCACAGACUCGGGAGGGGAAGCUGGCCUCGGCUGGCAGGCGCGGAGUCAUGCCUUUGGUGUUAUUUGGGGAAGGAAGAAUUCCAAGGCUGCCCACUAUUUGGUUGCCGAGUCAUACAAAUUAAAACCGUAUUUCCUUCAGUGCAUGAAAAACCUGCACUUCUCCUUGGAAACAGUGAUUCCAAAUACUGGGCGCUUAAAGAAGCUGACUGUUUUAUUAGGGCCUUUCUCUGUAGCAUGAUGGAUUUCAGCGACAGUAUUCACAUCUGGAUUUCAGUUUGUACUAAGACCCUCACUGUGGCCUUCGGUUAGGGAAUCAGCUCUGCAGAGUGCCUUCUCUCCUCCCCCCUGCAGCAGCACAGCGGGGUCUGAUGCAAAGCAAUCACACACAAAAGUUUAUUUGCUGCUAAAAUAUAAAUAUGGUCCAAAAUAAGAGAAUAUUUUUCAAAAUAUUUUGAAGUGAAUGGUUUUAGUUCCUGUUAGCCAAUGUCGGCCUCUCCUAGGGUGGGGGGUGGGGAUACAGUACUGAAAGGCAGAAUGCCUUCACCUUGCAAGAUGAAUGAGUCAGGUCAGUAGGCAGUUCCAUCUUUCAAGCUGCCUUUUAAACAGAAGGAUGAGGACUAAGAAGUAGUUGGUAGAAAUAAAGCCUGCGGGUGCACAAGGAGCCGGAGGCCUUGCUCCAUUUGGUGUUUCCUCCCAGAGUAACUGGGGGGUCGACCAGCUUUGAGGGGACGUGGGAGAUGCCGUUGUUUUGGCCAAACAAGCAGUUCUUCCCCAUCAGGCGCUGUGGGGGUUGCCCACGCCCGCAUUUACACACCAGGGGACUAGAUCUCAGAAAAAGGGAGGGGGUUUUUGCCCCUGGAGGUUCAUAGACGGACUCCCCUGGUGGGAGACGGCUUCCCAGUGAGCUCUGGGUGGGAGGAGCAGCAUUCCACUGCCGCCUGGUGCCGGGAGACAGUGCUGGGUUUCAGCCCGCCCAGCACAAGCGCUGCAUUCUCAGGGCAGCUCUUCGUCCCUUCAUACUUCUAAAGGCCGCCUCCUGCAUAAUCGUCCAGGCAGUUGUGAAAAUCAAAUGCCCAUCUGAACCGUGCCUGGCUUGGCUUUUCAUUACUUCAGAGCAAGUCUGUGUGCUGUCCCCUCUCAGGAAGCUGUUUGGUGUCCAGGCCAAGAGUGAACGAUGUGGGCGUCAGCGUCGACCUCAGCACUUUCCAUUUUCCUCGUUGCCUUUUGUGUUGGCUGCUCACAUUUCCAGUUAGAAUGGCUAUCCCUGUGGCUCUUUCUAAAAAUCCUUGUGUUUAACAGCCUUGUUCCUGAAAUUAGUCAUAGGAAACUAGUGAUUUGGAACACAAAGGAGAUAGCAACAGGGUCAGACUUCUGAGAGAGAUCUAGGAUCCAGGAAGUGUCUGGGUCGGACUGAUGGGAAGUCCUUGCUAUGGAUCAGAGUGGAAUCUCCACCCCACCCCCAACCGAGCCUUCAACACUCCAGAGUCAGGUUCUCUUGCUGAGCCUUGUUACCGGAGACCUUGUUGCUCUGGAAUAUGAAACGGCUUGUCCGAUUGAGAGUCCUUUCACUUAAGAGCCUUAAGUAGCUUUGAACGUACACCAAACAGUUUUCAGUGGAACUAAAAGUAGAAAUGAGUAUUUUUAGGUGCCCUUGAAGCGUUCUGGGGACAAAGUCAGGGCGGUCCAAAGGAAGGUGUCUGCACCACGGCGCCCCCAGAAGUGCAGACAGGCUUCUGUUUUGUGUUAAGGAACGCUAGGAGUCCCUGGCCCAUGUGUGAGCAGCCUUGGGCCAGGGCAGCGGCUCCCUGCUCCUUGGGUCUCCAGAACCUUCUGUUCAAACUUGAGCCCCUUAGCCUGUCACCUACCCACUUCCUGACCCGCCCUCCUCCCCUCCCAGCGGGGAUUUCUGCCUCUUCUCUGGGGCCCAGACAGAUUGAGAGGCGUUCCCCGUGCUCUCACAAGACGAAGGGUUUCCUCUGGGCGCGGCCCUGGCUGGGCUGUGCUGGGCCCCGUCCUCCGCCUGAAUCCCUGUCCUGACCAGUGAGCCACGUGCUCCUUUGAUGUUUGUUCUAAAAGGAGCUUAACUGCUUCUCUUCGAGCAUUUUAAACAGUAAGUGUCGUAUCGGGAGAGCAGUGCUCCUCAAAAACAACUUUAAGACCCACUCUAAUUCUUGAACGGUUGCCUCCCACUGACGCUGUCCUGUGAGGCUGGCUGCUGCUCUCCCACCGGGUCAGCUUCUCCACGUCCAGGGGCACUGCGGGCGCGGCGGCCGCUCGCCUGCGCUGAAGGACAUUACCUCCUCGACCGCCUCGUUAAAUGUCAGCAGAUAGCUUCGUCUGGCAUAGUGCUGCGGUUUUAUAUUAAUAAUUUGCAUACUUUUAUCUAACCUGCACUCAUGUACAGAUUACUAAAAGUUUUAAAAUGUAACUGAUGAAUCAGUAUUUGGUCAAUCAUUGUCUUGAUUUUUUAAAUUAAAAUGUAGAUUUCUAACCACAUUUUAUAAAGCUGAGAGAACUGGUUGAAUGAAUGUUUAUUUUCCUGAAGGUAUUUUUUAAGAUAAAGCUUCAUAAUGGCGUGUAAACUUGGCAUAUCUAUGUAGUUCGAUAUGUAUUGUUGCAUUUGAAAUAUCAUGUGUAAUGUAACUGGUUUUAUACAAAAUAUUGAAGAGUGGAAACUGUAUAAUUAUAACCAUGUAAUUAAAAGUAUUAACCAAA